UUUCUGCUAGCUGCUUCGGCAGCACUCCCCCAGUCUAUUUCAGGUAACAGCAUGGAUCGCCACCUCAGCUGCCGCUAUGGGAGUGGACGUCGCAAUUGAGUGACGAUGAUAUCCACUCCGGCAGAAGAAUCAGAGCGGGAACUUCACCAAUUCCUUCGAGGAGCCGGCCAUCUCUCCUACUACGACAAGUUCAAAGAUAUAGAUCAACAAGGACACAUCGGGGUUAGAACGGCAACAUGGAAGUCUCCACUCUAUGUCGCCUCUUAACAUUGAAUUGAAGGCGACAACCCAAGGACAACUCGCAGAGGACACAGCCUACCUUAGUGACACUAUCGGGUUCCUGGCAGACUGGUUUCAGACAAGUCAAAACUCACACAAGGGAACCAACUGACACUGAUAAUGGCACUUGGUAACGACGGAGAUAUCAACUACGUCUUCCACUGGAGAGCCAUGUUCCUUCCGAGUCACAUCACCAUGCUGGCCAUGGCGCUGGCCGUUGUGAAUACUCGCCGUCGGAAAUUUUAGCUUAGAUCGCCCCUUACUUCGAUUACGUAUUUUUCUUCUACGCAAAACACUUCAUUUACUUUGCAGUGGCGAUGACGUCCAUUCCUCAAAAGAAAUCAGAGCGGGAGCUUCAUGAACUCCUUGAACACGUGGACCUUCUCGAGUACUACGACAAACUCAUCGAGAUAGGCGCGGACAAUGUCCAGCAGCUUCGUGACUUGACGGAUGAAGAGCUUGGAGAAGUCAUUGACCAUGUAGGGAUGUCCAGGAAGCCCCUUCACGUGAAGAGGUUCAGGAAAGCACUGGAGCGGUGGACGGGACAGGCAGGUACACUAGGUUCAGGCACAUCAACUCGAGAGACGACUACGACAGCAUUGACAGAGCAAGCUGGCCCACAAUUGGACGAGGGAUCUCCUGAGACUGCGGACAUCAGGGCUGACAUGCACCAUGCCAUUGACAUGAGAGAUAUCGCGCAAGUGAGAGAGUGUCUGCGAGGAGUACCACAACUGAAGCUGUGGCUUCAUCCCCGUACAAAAGAAUCAGCUAUGCAUCGAGCUGUAAAGAAAAACUCAUUUAAGUCUUUCGGACUCCUGUUGUCACAGAAAUGUGAAUUCAAGAAUGAUACAGAAGGUGAUUGCCUCGAGCACUUGAAUCCUCUCCAACAGUCCGAACUCGCGCGGCAACGAUACUUCGUAGCUGGAUACGAAGGAUCCUACAUCAGUGUGCUCAAGGGUAAAUCAACCAGCGUAGCUGACUGUGCAGGAUUUCAGGGAAUUUUAAAUGACAUGUAUCGUUCUCUCGACAGCAACGAUUUACUUAAGCCUGUGUUGAAAGUCGCUUCAAUGGCACCUCAUUUGAACAUUCUCUUCGACUUCCAGCGAGAGCACACCCAGUGCAUGGUGGGUGGGUGCAGGACUAACCUUGGCAUGACUGAACCAGAAAAAGAAAGCGUCUUCAUUGGAGCGAAGGGACUUGACGGGGAACCAACAGAUGCCACAAAACGUCGCACCAAAGAAGUCGAAGGAACCCUGAUCCACGAGUUGUGUCAUUUGGCUCUUAACCUUGUAUACGGAAAUGGAGCAAAGCCGUAUUUGUGCACCGAUGGAAACAGAAGACAACAUUAUGCAAGUAUCCUCGAGGACGCCAGUGAUCGACAGCACGGUUUGCAUGAAAUCAUACGAUGGGCAUUUCAAGAGAAUGGCGAAGCUGAACUAAUAGUUCGAAUACCGCACAUUCUUGCUCUUUGUCCCACUGAAGGAAACACUAUUCUGGAGGAACAAGUCCCGAGGCUCUUCCAGUUUUUCAAACAGCACAUCGUCGAGGACAUGACACGGUACAUACAGGACGGUUGUCUGGGAAGAGAGACCGAAGUUAUCAGUGAAGAAAAUGGAAAAUUAGGGAAGGCGUCCUCCACAGAGAAACUAGGAAUAGAAUUCAUGGCGAGGAUCGAUGACUGUAUUCUGCUGCGUGACCCACCUAUUGUUCUUGUAGCGUCAAAUUUAACAUUCCUCGAAGUAAUGGUGAACGACCUCGUGAGGUCUGCUAGAGUACCAUACCUAUUUCUUGAGGCAUCGCAGUGGGGGGAGAGAACCCGGGACGUCCUGAUCUUCAAUAAGUGCAGCUUCUUGCUCUUGUCUUGCGAGGGAAAAGGGGAGCUGAGAGUCAUUCUCAAUUUCUCCAAAGAGCUGCAUGACGUCACCGGCAUGAAGAUAAUUCUGCUAACGUCAAAGGACAACCUUCAGCAUUGUCUCCAGACAAUGAAAAAGAGUAUGUUAUGUGAUAUCAAAAUUUAUCUGGACACUGUACACACAGCUACUUUUGAGAACGUCACCGACAAAUGCAAGAAUAAAAUUAUCAAGAGGUCACGGAUGGCUCUUCAGUCUUCCAACCAGCAGUUUUUUAUUAGAAACAUCCUCAACAUCGACAGGUUUUCGAAAACUUGCCAGGAGGAGACGUUUCUGACACUGUGCAGGGAAGGAGUACUAUAUUUUGGACCUGAACUGAAGGAACUUCAGGAGGACGUAAGCGAGUGCUACAUUAACCAAAAGUGCGGCAGGUCCGUUGAAGUUGACUUGAGUAAACUUAUGGAGCGUCGUAGAGACGAUGCUUUCGCUUUCCUCGGGUGCUCGAAGGAAACACUCCAGUCAUUUCUGCCCAAAGGCCUUGCUGUGAAGCGAAUGAGCAUCGUGGACAGUUUCGAGCAAAUUGUCCUCAUGGAGCAGGACAGUGACUAUGACCGCCUUGUCGCAACGGAACACUACAAGGGAAAGACAGUUCACCUUUUUGAAUUCUGUGAAGGGCGCUGCAGGUGGAAAAGAUCAAAUGGUGCGCUGAGUCACCUUCCCAUGACCGGGAAAGAAAUUCAUUCAGCGCGUAUCCUCCUUAGAGUAAGUGAGAAUGUCCUUGUUGUUUCCGGAGACCCAGGAGCGGGCAAAACCGUGCUGGCCACGCGGCUUUGCACUGAAAUCAAGAAAGCAGACAAGAAAGCAUGGGUACUUUACGUCAGUACUUACCCGAAGAGGCAAGAAGCAAUGAAAUUGCUUAAUGAAGAAACUGGAGGCAUCAAUUUCAAGCAGUUCGCAAAGUUGUGUUGCGUGAAAACAAGUGGACAAGAGUUUGAACUGUUUCAGCAAACUGUCACCGAAGGAAGUCCGUUUCACGUGUGGGUCAUUUUCGAUGCCCUUGACGAAACCCUGGAGAUGACGCGGAAAUAUAUCCUUGAGUUCACGAAGGUUUUGGCUCGAGAUAAACUGUCUAAAAUAUUGAUAUUCACACGCACGAUAUGCCGGAAUGCAAUUCAAGAUGAAAUGCACCUGGUGCCUUUCGACAUGGCUGCGUUCUCUGAGGAAGAACAAGACGAGUUUCUGCAGAAAUAUCAGCAAUCUCUACAGAAUCCGAUGACCGAUAAGAAGACAUUCAAGAGCAUUCUUAAUUGUGUUAAGGAGAAAGACAGCUCUCUUCUAGGAAAUCCUCUAAUUCUCCGAAUGGUGGCGGAGGUUGACCAAGGCGAAGCUUCUGACCCUGAUUACUGUGAACUGGUGCAAAGCAUGUACAGCUCCCAGGAUUGCUUUACGCUUCUCUCCCUGUACAGAUUGUUCGUCGAGUACAAAUACCUUCUAUAUCGGAUAGAAAAAAAGAAAGAGGACAGAAUGAGAGCCGCAAACGAAGAUGAUGACGAGACGCUGAAGCCCAUAUUUCAGGGUAACCACGCCCUUUUAGCCCUAAAAUUGCUUCUGCCCGAGGACGCCCUCAGGGAACUUGUAAGUGAAAGUGAAUGCAACGACUUAAAAACGAAGGGCCGUUUGAUAACGGCUGUCAAGGAGAACAAGCUAAAACAGGGUAUAAUAGUGUGCCUGACAAAUGAUACCCCUCAAUUUGUGCAUCAUAGCUUCGCCGAGUUUUUCGCAGCAGAUUUGAUCUUCAAGAGGGUGAAAGAGGCGAAUGCCAGAGGCGAUGUAAGGGUGGCACGUAUAGUUUCUGGCUUGUAUGGAGAAUCUAGCUAUGUCGGCAUGUUGACCUUCUUGGAUGGAUUUGCAGCGGAGCGACAUGCAAUGCAGAGCAGUAUCAUGAAUAACGACAUAGGAGGCGUCAUUGUUGAAGCAGCUAUGGAACACGCAUACUCCCAAGAUGCCCUCGAAAGAACACCUCUGCAUGUCGCUGCGCUGCAUGCUAAUCAAUUUAUCUUAAAUUACCUUUCAAUUGACGAAGUACUGACACAGCAAGAUAUGCUAGGUAUGACGCCUCUUAUGUACGCUGAUAAGAUUCACGCGUGGGAAAGACUGGACGCCUUCUGUGCUCGUAGCGGCGGUCUUGCUAUCAACUGGUUUGUCCAACUGCCGACAACAGUCGAAAACAUUACAUCGGAGCGAGAUUUUGAUCGCUCAGUCUUAGGUGAAGUCCUUUACGAGCGUUGUAAGGAACUCUUAUCUGUUCUGCUUAGAGAGUUUUGCAACAGUCAGAUGUGUUCCAGCGAAACCUGCAUCGAGCGUGCACCACGGUACCUGAAGGAGAACGUCAGUUCUGCGGCAGACGUGGCACAUACCCCUGUGAAUAUUGAUCGCAUUACGGAUGACGGGCAACGUACCCCCUUACAUAUCAGUAUCAUUUUUGGUGACACCGAUAUUGUCCGCCUGCUUCUUCCUUAUUCCUCGCCAGCUGUGAGUUAUAUGUGUACGGUUUCCGCUCUUUUCGGUCACACAAACAUCCUGAGGCUUCUACUUCCUUUUGCAUCAUCCCCCAGUGAUUGGUACACCACUGAAAACCGGCCAGAAGGUUUUCCCCUUCCCGUUGCGUGUCUAGAGAAUAUUGACGUUGUAGAACUUCUACUCCCCCAUUUCUUGACCCGAUCUCCAUUCUUAGAGGAGCUGCUGUAUAGCAGCAUUCUUCAUCGAUACGACGGAGUGACGAAAGCCAUUCUUCCUAACUCUGAUGCGAGGGAUCGCCACACGCAUCAGGAUACGGCGAGUUUGUACGCAAGCGUACGCUGUGGUUGCCUGGAAACAGUGAGACUUAUGCUUCCUUACAUAGGUCUGGAUGCAUGGGAUAAACACGGCAUCACUGCACUUUGUAUGGGCAUGGACGACAAUGAUUCUCUGAAUAAGAGUCUGGCGCGCAGGGAACCGCAAUUGGACGACACAGAAGACAAGACACUCAGUAAUCAUGACAUUGCCAUUACUAAGCUGCUCCUUCUUCAUUUGAACAUCGACUCCGUUAACAUUGACGGCGGAAUUGCUCUGCGGAUCGGCAUGAAGUACAGAAAGCACUCUUCCACUUUCAAGCUACUCCUUCCUCAUUUAUCACUUGCGUCUCGCAUUAUAAGUGAAGCAAAAUAUUCCCGUUAUACUGCAAAGACUGGAGAGCAGGAUAUCCUAAGGUACUUGAUCCCUAACACUCCAAUUAACACUCCAGAUGAAAACGGACAUACGCCGCUCCUUUACUGCUUCCUUAAUGGAUACUUGAAAGCGGCAAAGCUUCUCCUUCCUCUUACAGUGAUUGACGAUCUUUUAAACAAACCACUGCGUGUGAGCGUGCGCCUAAACUACUGUGAAUUUGUAGAGCUGGUUCUCCCCCACUCCUUCAAAAGCAGCACCGUCACCGUGCUGCUAGAUGCCGUUGAUAUGAGUGAUGCGGAUACCAAUUGCUAUACGAAAUUGCUUCUGCCUCACGUUGACGUGGAUAUUCGCGCAGUGGAGGAAAAGACUGCAUGGUGUAAAAGUGUGUACCGAGGUAACUGGGCAUCGGUGCAGCUCUUUCUACCUUACACGGAAAGAAGUGAUGGUGCCGUGAGCCAGAGCACGGCAUUACUAUUGCAUGCGUGCAAAAGAUCGACAGCCACCCGUGAACCAUCGAAGUCUAAAAAUAAACGGAACGUGGAAAUGAGCGUUGGAGAUGUCAAAAUAUUAAAACUGCUGCUCCUCGACAUGAAUUUAAACAGUGCGGAUGCAAAUCGGGCUUUGUCACUCGCCCAGAGCGUCACCAAUAUUCACGCAAUGAAGUUGCUCCGCCCUCAUGCAUCGGUGAGCAAGCAUAUGCUUCCUCAAUCGUCAUUCUGUAGCAGUAUAUCUGUAGCAGAAUUCAUCAACAGCGUUGUUAACUCUGAAGAAGACCAGGAUAUCCUAAGAAGUCUGAUCCCUAACACCCCAAUUAACACUCCAGAUGAAAACGGAUAUACGCCGCUCCUUUACUGCUGCCUUAAUGGAUACUUGAGAGCGGCAAAGAUUCUCCUUCCUCUAACAGUGCUUGACAGUGUAAAAGACACACCGUUCUUCGUGAGUGCCUCUCUGAACAAGUGCGAGUUUGUAGAACUGCUUCUUCCGCACUGCUUUAAACGUAGUAGCGAAAUCGGGUUCUUAGCAGCGGUUAAAAACAGGCAUGGUGAUGCAACGAAAUUGCUUCUGCCCCACGUUGAUGCGAACGAUCGUAAAUGGAGAGCGACGGCGUCUAGUAAAUGUGUGGAGGGAGGUGGAUGGGCAUCGGUGCGGCUCUUCCUGCCUUACACGGAAGCACGUGAUCGUGAAAACGGUCUGCAAAGGUCAUUGCAGCUGAGAGCUUUAAAACAGGCUAUCGCCAGUAUAUAUUCCUCGAGAGCAGAUGUUGCAACCCUUAGGGAAGAGAACGAUGAAGAUAUCAAUAUAUCGAAGCUGCUACUUCUCCACUCGAGCCUCAGUAUUGCUGAUGAGCCCGGGCUUUCCCGCUAGACAUGAGUGCCAGAAACAUGCACACGACGAAGUUCCUGGUGGUGGUGGUGGUGGUGAUAGGGCUUGCCGUUCCGACGAAGUUCCUCCACCCGUAUUUGCCGGCGAAUGAAUCUAUGAGAAUGGGUGUACUGCUCCUGCGUGAGCCCGUAGUGCUGGGAACGCCCAUGUUCAUAAAGGCGCCCUGCGUCACUCAUUGUUUAGCCCUAGUGACCAGGAGUGUUCUUCGACGCUCCACCUGUGCGUUUUCUCUCUCCAUCUCACUCUUUUCUCUCUCUCUCUCUUUUCUUUUUGGCAUACCUUCAAGAUCUUCAUCUAACCGGACAUCAACAACCGGACAUCAACUCAACACCGUUGGUGCGUGUGUUGACGUUCCUGGUUGAUAUCUGUUUACAACGAGAGCAGUUGAGGGCUUUCCUGAGGAUUUCGCAUCGCCGAAAACCAUUCUCUACCUUGGCGCGGGCUGAAGUGAAUAAUUCAGAAAAUGGCGGGCAAUGCAGGUUAGCAAUUUCAGAGAGUCACAAUGGUUAUGCCGUUGGCGUCACGUGCUUCAGACACAAAAUGGCGGUUGUCAGUUCACAUGUCAAGGCAUCUUGUGAGAGCCGCGCGCCUACCGGCUUCUUUGCGCCCGCGGCAGCAGUGGAGACGGUAUUGCUUGUGUAGGCUGAGGUGAACAGUGGCGAUGGGUCGUCCUGGGAAUCGCACAUGCUAAGGAUAAUCUUGGUGCGAACCACAAUCGACAGAGCAACUCAUGCAAGUAGCUACAGGCGAGCUCAAAUAAACAGCUGGGUCGCUAUCGCUGGUUUGAUGUCUGUGUAACUUGCAUCAUAUCUGCAAGUUUUUUUGUUUUUUGUUUUUUUUUGUUUUUUGCAGUAUGCGUCGUCUUGAUGCUAUUUGAUGUGACGUCUUGCAGCGAACCUUAUUGUGCACCUAGCGAUCUGUGCCAAUAUCUUACGAAGCGCGCUGAAGCUCGGAGUAAUGUCGACGUACGACGAAAUGACACUUGCUGCUAACGCCGCGCCUGCAUGGAAGCAGUGUCAUGAGUUUAAGGAAUUCACCUAUUGUAGGAGCACACUCCAGUUUUAGUGUGAUACCAUUAGCAUUAAUACUACUACUAACAACAAUAUAUUGAUGCAUAAUCAUAUUGUCAGAGUGUAUUUCAGUUAUUUAUAGGCCAUACGUUCCAUGUCUGCAUUUUUCGGUAAUAAAUAUUGCAACAGUUCA